AUGCCUACUGCUGCAGACAUCACUCGCAUGACAUACAAAGGGGCAGAACAGCUCCGGAGCGAGCAGCGUCCAGGAGGGGACCCAAGUAAACUGGACUUUGGGAUAGUACCGACCUGCUAUAAUUGCGACAUACCUAUCAUGGGUCGUAAACCCUUGAUCUGCUCGGGUUGUAGAUCCGCUGUAUUCUGCUCGAAGAAUUGCCAUACCGCAAACUGGAAGGCAGGGAGGUUUGGAGCCCAAGGUCACAAAUUCUUCUGUGCAAAGAAUAAGGUACAUAUGGAGAAGGUCCCGCAAGUGCAAGCCCUUCUGAAGCAAUUUCCCUGGGGUCGCAUCGAGACGGAUGGCACCUUUGCCGAACCCAUCGUACGUGCCUAUCACAAUGUCUUGGGUGCAGAGGGUUUCGGCUACUGGAGCAUUCCCGGAGGCUCCAACCCACACCUUCAGCAGCCAAGUAAUACUUCCGGCCCAUCUGGAGCGCUUCGCGUCGACGAUACAAAGGGAUUUGAACACGGCUAUAUGCUGCUUUCAAAUAAACUAUUGACGGAUGAGACUGGCUGGAAACUGGAGAAGCGUUUAAUCCCCCGAUUGGUUUUUGAGCUUGGCACGGAGCCUGAGCUUGCUUCCAACGUGGAUAUCGUGGACUGGGAUUCAUGGUACAAGUGGCGAAAUAUCCCCAAGGAAUCACCGGCAGCCUUGUUGUUGCAUUACCCUCUCACCGUAUACCAGCUUUUGGUGAACGUGCUCCAGGUCGCAGGGCCCAAAAGAAGUUCUUCAGAGAGCCGUCAGGCGCUCAACGUACAUUAUAUCGGCGCUGAAGUUGAAUUGAAUAUGCUUCCCCUAUUCUCUGAACUAGCGUUGCUGCUUCCUCACACAGAUAUCAAGAUGACUUUCUUCGGCAUCGCAGUCCACUCUAUUGUUAGUAAGGCAAAGAAGAAUAGCAUCGCUAUGAAGGCGAAACAGAACGAGCCAGUCUACACCUACACCAGCCCUGCAUCUUGCGGAGCCAGCACUCUGUCCCUUUUUCUCCAUGGAGAUCAUGAAAAUUGGGACCCGCGGCUCCCUUUGCUCCUAGGAAGCAAACCAGACGCUAUCGUCGGUCUGAAUGCUGGGCUCACCAGUUACCCAGCGUGGCAGUUCGUCAUCUUGUGCUGUCACACUGAUAAUACGCCUUUUGCCGUCUCCGAAUACGCAGAACAAUCCGCCGAACUUCAAAGAGAUGCAAUUCCCCAGAUCAUUGCUCAUGCCCUCCCUCGCUUACACUCAGCAGGCAUGAUUGGCCCGGAGAUUUACAAUCUUACGCGGCCCAGAGAAUACCCCAUCGCAUUUAAUCCAUUCCAGCGUCCUGGACAGAGAAACUUGGGCUCGGUGCGAUUGCCGAACGUACCGAAUGGGUUUACGAUGAGAGUGGUUGGUGGCGACGAGCAGGAGAUAAUCCACCCCGUAUCCGCUGGUGUCCCUGUACCAGUUCCAGACAUGAGCGAGCUGCUCCAGAAGACGGAGCAGUUUUCGCUGAACCGUUUGGACUGA